CCAAACCACAGUGCUAUAAGCUUAUAUUACAUCGUGAUGGUUGCUCAAUUCAUCUCAUCCAAGUUUCUUUGCAAUUGUUUCAUAUAAAAUUUCCCCAACAAAUAUAUUAUCUUAUCCUUUAAGCAUACUGUAAAUGGCGUCUUCUUCUACUUCCUCCGUUCAUAAGAGCUUUAAGUAUGAUGUGUUUUUGAGUUUUAGAGGUGAAGACACUCGUAAGAACUUCAUCGAUCAUCUUUAUUAUGCUCUUCAGCAGAAAAGCAUUUCCACUUACAAGGACGACGAGAAGAUUAAGAAAGGGAAAAGGAUAAGUGAUGAGCUCAAGGAAUCCAUUGCAGACUCAAAAUUCUUCAUCAUUGUUUUCUCCAAGAACUACGCAUCUUCAUCUUGGUGCUUGAAUGAGCUUCUAAAGAUAAUGGAGUGUCACAAGACAACCGAACAUACUGUUUACCCCGUAUUCUAUGAUGUGGAACCCUCCGAAAUCCGCAAUCAGAUCGGGGCAGUUGGAGAAGCCUUUGCGAAACAUGAAAAUGAAGAGGCUGCUGGGAAAUGGAGGAAGGCUUUGAAAGAAGUAGCUGAUGUGGCAGGGUGGGAGUUGAAGAACACUGACGGGCAUGAAGCAAAAUUCAUCCGACAAAUUGUUGAAAAGCUUUCACUAGAGUUACGUGCCAUCAAUGUUCGCAUUGAUAAAAACUUAGUAGGCAUGGAGACUCGGAUCAACGAUAUUAUAUCAUCUUUAGGAACUGCUUCAGAUGAUGUUCACAUGAUCGGGAUCUGGGGAAUAGGAGGUGGUGGGAAGACAACUUUGGCUAGAGCUAUUUUCAAUACAUUGUCCUUUCAGUUUGAAGGCAAAAGCUUUAUUGAGAACGUGAGGGAAGUUUCAAAAGCUUCUUUGAAUUCGUUACAAAGUCAAAUCCCUUUAAAUGGUGGAAAGGUUCUUCUUGUUCUAGAUGAUGUGGAUUAUCUAAACCAGCUUGAGGUAUUAGCCGGUGACCCUAGUUGGUUUAAACCGGGAAGUAUAAUUAUCAUUACAACAAGAGACGAGCAAGUCUUGGUAGCACAUGGAGUGAAAUUGAUUCAUAAUGUCAAUUUGUUAUCAGAUAAGGAAGCAAUUUGGCUCUUUAGUAGGUAUGCAUUUGGAAAAGAGAUUCCAGUUCAAGGAUACGAAGAGCUCUCAAGACACGUUGUAUGUUAUGCUGCUGGUCUUCCCUUGACGAUCAAAGUUUUGGGUUCAUUUCUUUGUGGUAAAAGUAAGCCCGAAUGGGUAGAUGCCCUAGCCAGACUAAAAACCAUUCCAUUAGAGGAAACUCAGAAGAAGUUGGAAUUAAGCUAUAUCAGUCUAGAUGAAGAACAUAAGGAAAUAUUCCUAGAUGUUGCAACCAUCUUAAAAGGUUGGCUGAAAAACUCAGCUAUUGGAGCACUUGAAAGCUGUGGAUUUUAUGCUAGAAUUGGUUUAAGAGUUCUUGAGCAAAAGUCUCUCAUAACUAUUGAUGGCGAGCGCUUGGGCAUGCAUGACCAUUUACAAGAAAUGGGCAGGAAUAUUGUUCGUCGCUCGAAUCCCCCUAACAAACAUAGCCGAUUGUGGGAUAGAAAAGAAAUUGAAGAUAUAUUGGCUAAUGACAUGGGUACAAAAGCAACAAGAUGUAUGAAAUUCUACUAUAGGGGACUGGAUCGGCAAAUCAGUAUGAAAGGUCUUAGAAAGAUGACAGAACUUUGGUUUCUCGAUGUGGCUGAUCAAGAAUUUUACUCGAAUCGGGAUAUUAAUAAAAUCAUCCCAAACUUUCUAAAUGCUUUAGGAUUUCUUUGUUGUAAUUGGAAAUUUAAUGAAGUCCACCCAUACUUUCCAGAUGCUUUACGAUAUCUGCGAUGGGAUGGGUACAAUUUCAGUUAUUUACCAAAAUCAUUUCAAGCAAAUAAUCUUGUCUCACUUGAGAUGUCUUAUAGCAAUAUCGUACAACUUUGGGAAAGGGGAGAAAAAAAGGUUCUUAACAAGCUUCGAUUCCUUCACCUCCAUGGUAAAAACUUGAGGACCUUUGACCUUGGGUUGACUCCAAAUCUUGAGACAUUGACACUGCAAAGUAAUGGAUAUGGAUCUGGUUUGGUUGAACUUUACAUGCCUGGUGAAUGUCUAAAACUCAGAUCCCUCAACAUUUAUGGUGUAAAGUUGAGGAUGUUUGACCUUGGGUUGACUCCAAAUCUCGAGAAGUUGUGGCUUAGUGGUGGUGAUUUGGUAGAACUUCACAUGCCCCAUACAUGUUUAAAUCUCAUAUCCCUCCAUCUCUCCCUUUCAAACUUGAGGACCCUUGACAUUAGGUUGACUCCAAAUCUCGAGGAUUUAGAUGUUGCAAAUUGUAAUGAUUUGGAAGAACUUCACAUGGCUGAUGAAUGUUUAAAGCUCAGAUCCCUCCACCUUGUUGGUUUAAAGCUGAGGACCCUUGACAUUGGGUCGAGUCCAAAUCUUAAGAGCCUGGAUCUUCAUGGAUGCAAUGAUUUGGAAGAAUUUCACAUUGCCGAAUCUCCAAUGCUCACAUUCAUCAAGAUUGAAUGUUUAAAGUUAAGGACCCUUGAUCUCAGUCUGGUUCCCAAUCUCAAUCAGUUGUUUCUUUCUGAAUGCAAAAGUUUGGUAGAACUUCACUUGCCUCAUAGAUGUAUAAAUCUCGACACCCUACAAUGCAUUGAUUUAAAGUUUAGGACCCUUGACAUUGGGUUGACUCCAAAUCUCAGUGCUUUAUAUCUUAAAGAUUGUUAUGAUUUGGAACAACUUCAACUGGUCGAUCAAUGUCAAAAGCUUGUAUCCCUCAAAAUUAGUCAUUCAAAGUUGAGGACCCUUGACCUUGGGCUGACUCCAAAUAUAAAAAAAUUGGAUCUCAGAGGGUGUUAUAACUUGUUAAAACUUCACGCUCCCGUUGAAUGUCUAAAAGAUAUUGUCGCCUUAGACUUGACUUCUUGUUUGGGGUUUUCAUCCCUUUCGUUUUACAAAUUAUAUGAUGGUAGAGUGAAUGAAUUAGUUGAAGGUGAUCCUUUAGCUAUGUUACAUUUUACCUUACAAAGUUGCCCAUUUCACCCUGAAAAUCAUUUGCCAGAGUUUAAGUUUAAAUCUUUUCACAAAGAGGAUUUAUCCUCAUUAACUAGAAGUAUUGAGAAGCUUAUUUCUGAAGGUCUGUGUGCUUGCACAAAACUUGAGACAUUUUCAAGAAGCAUUUGUGAGUUGCAACGUUAA